AUGCAAGCGCUCCUCUGUCCUAGUGAGUUCUUUUCACCAAAACUUGAAAAAAAAAAUCGAACGCCAUCUUUUCAGACAGAUGGAGCUUACUGUGGGAUCGUAACUGUGUACCGACUCCAUUCUUCUUCAAAAUCGUCAAAUUUGGGGGUUUUGUAAGUUAUAUAUAUAUUUUUUUCCUAUGUCGUAUGUUCAUUGCAAAGCAAUUGACGAAAGGGACAUAUUCCCUCAAUUGGCCUCGCUUCGCCGCAGCCUCAUUGGCUCAGUGGCAGAGCGUCUGUCUAGUAAACAGAAGGUCGCUGGUUCGAUUCCAGCAUGAGGCACAACAUCUUUUUGAUACUUUCUAAACAUGUUCUUUUUUCAGAUAGUAAGUUCGUUUUGGUACAUUGCUUCAGUGCUGCUGAUUUUCGACUUUGUAGUUAUCAUCAUUCCAUAUGAAUCCCUGUCAGUAUUUUCUUCUCAUGGUGAAAACAAAUUAAUUGUUUUUCUAGUUUCCGUUCGUUCCCUGAGAUGAUCUUCCUGACGCUCUGCUCUAUUUGGAUACAAUUUGUCGUCCAUUUCCACUACCACCGGACACGGUACUCCUGUCCACUGCCACCAGGGGUUUCUUUCAUUGUUUUUGAAGAAGUUUGAAGCCACAUUGAAAUUCCCAAGCAUUUAUUAGAUUCCCAUUCGAAAACCUGGAUUCCUAGCAUUGGUCUUUGUAAUUUUUUGAGACUAGACGUUGCAGGAUGUCACGGAUCGCCGUUGUUUGAAGUGCCAAAGUUUCAAGGGCAAGCGAACUUCCCACUGCGGCGUCUGCAACAGGUUCGCUCACCGUUCUAACCACGAGAAGAGCUUUCUUAAAAGUUUCAGAAUGUCCAAAAAAAGUUUUUAGUUGGCCCGGCUAUAAUUUUCUUCAUAGAAUCUGAAGAAAAAGCAUUGAGAUCAAACUUUUUUAUGAUCUAAUUUAGAGUAAUUAUUUUUUGUGAUUUCACUGAUUUACAGUUGACAUAUUGAGCUCGAAAGUAUUAAAUUUCACAGUAAAAAUCUUUUCAUUUAGCUCAAAUUCAGAGAUUUUUUUUUGCUGUGUAGUCUUUUUUCUAACCUAUCCAUUUUUCAGAUGCAUCGUUGGUCUGGACCAUCAUUGUCCGUGGGUCAACAACUGCGUCGGCGCUCAUAACCACGCCCACUUUUUCAUGUUCCUCGUCUAUCUUUUCAUCGGCAUGGUCUUCCACUUGUACUUUGCGUUCAACACGUUCACCACUCAAUUAUGGGUACGAGCUAACUUCAAAUUUAUCAUUUCUACUUCUCUUUUCAGAACACCUAUGGCGAAACAUAUUAUUGCAAUACGUACCUACCCCACGCCUGGUUGAAAGAUUGGACUUGCAGAAACCUGAGUAAGUUAAAGUUAGAUAGAAAAAAGUUGAAACCAUGCAAAAAAUAUUGUGCAUCAUGCUGGACUCGAACCAGCGACCUUCUUUUUACUAGACAGACGCUCUGCCACUGAGCCAAUGAGGCGUCGAUCUUGCAAAGCCUUGAUUGAAGUCUAGUUUUAAAUCAACAAGACAAAAUUGUGAAAUGACAGAAAUGGUUCAAAAAAGAAGCUGCCUCAUGCUGGAAUCGAACCAGCGACCUUCUGUUUACUAGACAGACGCUCUGCCACUGAGCCAAUGAGGCGUCGAUCUUGCAAAGCCUUGAUUGAAGUCUAGUUUUAAAUCAACAAGACAAAAUUGUGAAAUGACAGAAAUGGUUCAAAAAAGAAGCUGCCUCAUGCUGGAAUCGAACCAGCGACCUUCUGUUUACUAGACAGACGCUCUGCCACUGAGCCAAUGAGGCGUCGAUCUUGCAAAGCCUUGAUUGAAGUCUAGUUUUAAAUCAACAAGACAAAAUUGUGAAAUGACAGAAAUGGUUCAAAAAAAAGCUGCCUCAUGCUGGAAUCGAACCAGCGACCUUCUGUUUACGAGACAGACGCUCUGCCACUGAGCCAAUGAGGCGUCGAUCUUGCAAAGCCUUGAUUGAAGUCUAGUUUUAAAUCAACAAGACAUAAUUGUGAAAUGACAAAAAUCGUUCAAAUAAGAAGCUGCCUCAUGCUGGAAUCGAACCAGCGACCUUCUGUUUACGAGACAGACGCUCUGCCACUGAGCCAAUGAGGCGUCGAUCUUGCAAAGCCUUGAUUGAAGUCUAGUUUUAAAUCAACAAGACAAAAUUGUAAAAUGACAAAAAUGGUUCAAAAAAAAGCUGCCUCAUGCUGGAAUCGAACCAGCGACCUUCUGUUUACUAGACAGACGCUCUGCCACUGAGCCAAUGAGGCGUCGAUCUAGCAAAGCCUUGAUUGAAGUCUAGUUUUAAAUCAACAAGACAAAAUUGUGAAAUGACAAAAAUGGUUCAAAUAAGAAGCUGCCUCAUGCUGGAAUCGAACCAGCGACCUUCUGUUUACUAGACAGACGCUCUGCCACUGAGCCAAUGAGGCGUCGAUCUUGCAAAGCCUUGAUUGAAGUCUAGUUUUAAAUCAACAAGACAAAAUUGUAAAAUGACAAAAAUGGUUCAAAAAAAAGCUGCCUCAUGCUGGAAUCGAACCAGCGACCUUCUGUUUACUAGACAGACGCUCUGCCACUGAGCCAAUGAGGCGUCGAUCUUGCAAAGCCUUGAUUGAAGUCUAGUUUUAAAUCAACAAGACAAAAUUGUGAAAUGACAGAAAUGGUUCAAAAAAGAAGCUGCCUCAUGCUGGAAUCGAACCAGCGACCUUCUGUUUACUAGACAGACGCUCUGCCACUGAGCCAAUGAGGCGUCGAUCUUGCAAAGCCUUGAUUGAAGUCUAGUUUUAAAUCAACAAGACAAAAUUGUGAAAUGACAGAAAAUGGUUCAAAAAAAAGCUGCCUCAUGCUGGAAUCGAACCAGCGACCUUCUGUUUACGAGACAGACGCUCUGCCACUGAGCCAAUGAGGCGUCGAUCUUGCAAAGCCUUGAUUGAAGUCUAGUUUUAAAUCAACAAGACAAAAUUGUAAAAAUGACAAAAAAAUGGUUCAAAAAAAGCUGCCUCAUGCUGGAAUCGAACCAGCGACCUUCUGUUUACUAGACAGACGCUCUGCCACUGAGCCAAUGAGGCGUCGAUCUAGCAAAGCCUUGAUUGAAGUCUAGUUUUAAAUCAACAAGACAAAAUUGUGAAAUGACAAAAAUGGUUCAAAUAAGAAGCUGCCUCAUGCUGGAAUCGAACCAGCGACCUUCUGUUUACUAGACAGACGCUCUGCCACUGAGCCAAUGAGGCGUCGAUCUUGCAAAGCCUUGAUUGAAGUCUAGUUUUAAAUCAACAAGACAAAAUUGUGAAAUGACAAAAAUGGUUCAAAUAAGAAGCUGCCUCAUGCUGGAAUCGAACCAGCGACCUUCUGUUUACUAGACAGACGCUCUGCCACUGAGCCAAUGAGGCGUCGAUCUAGCAAAGCCUUGAUUGAAGUCUAGUUUUAAAUCAACAAGAAAAAAUUGUGAAAUGACAAAAAUGGUUCAAAUAAGAAGCUGCCUCAUGCUGGAAUCGAACCAGCGACCUUCUGUUUACGAGACAGACGCUCUGCCACUGAGCCAAUGAGGCGUCGAUCUUGCAAAGCCUUGAUUGAAGUCUAGUUUUAAAUCAACAAGACAAAAUUGUAAAAUGACAAAAAUGGUUCAAAAAAAAGCUGCCUCAUGCUGGAAUCGAACCAGCGACCUUCUGUUUACGAGACAGACGCUCUGCCACUGAGCCAAUGAGGCGUCGAUCUUGCAAAGCCUUGAUUGAAGUCUAGUUUUAAAUCAACAAGACAAAAUUGUAAAAUGACAAAAAUGGUUCAAAAAAAAGCUGCCUCAUGCUGGACUCGAACCAGCGACCUUCUUUUUACUAGACAGACGCUCUGCCACUGAGCCAAUAAGGCGUCGAUCUUGCAAAGCCUUGAUUGAAGUCUAGUUUUAAAUCAACAAGACAAAAUUGUAAAAUGACAAAAAUGGUUCAAAAAAAAGCUGCCUCAUGCUGGAAUCGAACCAGCGACCUUCUGUUUACUAGACAGACGCUCUGCCACUGAGCCAAUGAGGCGUCGAUCUUGCAAAGCCUUGAAUGAAGUCUAGUUUUAAAUCAACAAGACAAAAUUGUAAAAUGACAAAAAUGGUUCAAAAAAAAGCUGCCUCAUGCUGGACUCGAACCAGCGACCUUCUUUUUUCUAGACAGACGCUCUGCCACUGAGCCAAUAAGGCGUCGAUCUUGCAAAGCCUUGAUUGAAGUCUAGUUUUAAAUCAACAAGACAAAAAUUGUAAAAUGACAAAAAAAUGGUUCAAAAAAAGCUGCCUCAUGCUGGAAUCGAGACCAGCGACCUUCUGUUUACUAGACAGACGCUCUGCCACUGAGCCAAUGAGGCGUCGAUCUUGCAAAGCCUUGAAUGAAGUCUAGUUUUAAAUCAACAAGACAAAAUUGUGAAAUGACAAAAAUGGUUCAAAAAAGAAGCUGCCUCAUGCUGGAAUCGAACCAGCGACCUUCUGUUUACUAGACAGACGCUCUGCCACUGAGCCAAUGAGGCGUCGAUCUAGCAAAGCCUUGAUUGAAGUCUAGUUUUAAAUCAACAAGACAAAAUUGUGAAAUGACAAAAAUGGUUCAAAAAAGAAGCUGCCUCAUGCUGGAAUCGAACCAGCGACCUUCUGUUUACUAGACAGACGCUCUGCCACUGAGCCAAUGAGGCGUCGAUCUAGCAAAGCCUUGAUUGAAGUCUAGUUUUAAAUCAACAAGACAAAAUUGUGAAAUGACAAAAAUGGUUCAAAUAAGAAGCUGCCUCAUGCUGGAAUCGAACCAGCGACCUUCUGUUUACUAGACAGACGCUCUGCCACUGAGCCAAUGAGGCCACGGCAAACGGACUGCAAAAAGAAGCUUCCAAAUUGGCCAGUAUCGCUGAUCAAACAAAUCUUCCAGCCUUUCCUGAUUGAAGUUUUCAGACCCGACGCUUUUGCUCAUGAUUCUGUGCGGCCUCACGUGCGUCACGCCGGUAGCGAUGAUCACCUACAUAAGUUGGAAUGUUUUUUUGAUCUCCCGCGGCCAUACUCUGAUCUCUUGGCUGGUAAGUUCAUUUUAUUUCCUUUUUGACUUGUCCAUUUUAGUUUGAGAAUGAAAAACGCGAAAAGAUCCUAGAAUUAGGUGGAGACUUGAAAGUUUGCAUGUUCUGCCAGUUCGAAAUAUUUCUCAGAGUUCCUCAUUUUGUAAAAAAAAAAAAUGAUUUCAGAAAGCAUUUCGCGAUAGAGCACCGCCCAGGCCGGAGACGAUAACAGAGAACUGGCGCGAGUUUUUCGCGUUGUCGCGUUGCCGACCACUCUACUACGUACUUCUUUGGCCGUCGUCGUUCCCCCGGAAGACUUUCGUCGGCUCUCUGGACAGCGUCGCGUCGUACAAGUAUUCUCUCUGA